AGCUGCGCAAAUCAGCUGCGCAAAUCAGCUGCGCAAAUCAGCUGCGCAAAUCAGCUGCGCAAAUCAGCUGCGCGAAUCAGCUGCGCGAAUCAGCUGCGCAUGACGACCACCAGUGCCAUCGCCGCCUGGGAAGCGGAGGGCUUAAGGCUGCUGGGGACGACAGCCACGCCGGAUGAGCGCGCGGAGCUCAGAGCCGCGGCGGAGCGCCUCGCGCUGGCCUCGCGCGCCCGCAGCGCUCCUGGGUUUGAUCGAUGCGCGGCCCUGGUGUGCGCGUUCCUGGGGCCGCCGGAGCUCGGCGUGGUGGCGACAUGUUCAAACUCCAUGAAGCGUAUCGCGCGGGAGGACCACUUGUGGCAGCCGCUGAUUCGGCGUUUCUCGUGCGCGGAAGACAUGCGGCGAGCCGGCUCCACGCUCACUGGCUUCCGGGACUAUGCGAGGCUAGUCCGGCUCUGGAACCAUCCGGACCGUAACUCGUCUGAGGAGCCGCCGGGAAUGGAUGCGUACUCUGUGGUUCUCGAGAUCAACAUUAGCGGCCAGCGCAUCGCCGGUGGUCUGUAUGAAUUAGAGGAAAUCAGAGACGGUCCCUGGGCGGGAGAAGGAUUCGGAUUUUACGACUUGGACCCUCAUGGUCGACUAACACCGACCGCUCUGGAAUCCUUCGAUGGUGACCCUGUACGUCGCAUGACUGUGUCCGUUUGCGUCGUGCGAAAGAGCGAUAAGAAGUGCCUUCACCUUGUCACCGACAUUGGUGUUGAUGACGCUACUGAAAGGUACAUCCUUUUUGACAGUGAAACUAGCUGCUCAUCGUUCAAUAACGUUGACCGUGACUACCAGGAUGAUUAUCCUGCGACUCACGACUUUCGAUUGUGGGGAGCCGUCUGGACCGAACCAGGAAAUGUCCUGCGUGGCUUCACCAGUCCUCACGGGGAGCUCCGUUUGUGGGACCCCGAGGCAGACCAUGCUGCGCUUCCCGCGGAGAUAAUCCUAAAGCGCUGGCACGCGAGUAAGAACUGGGUCUAG